GGCUUUGGAAGUAUCUGGAAGAGAAGAAUCUAGAGCCAGAGUCCUAUCAAAAUUGCUACUUAUAUGUACAAACGCAAUCUCGGUCUCACUUAUAUAUUCCAAAAAAAGAUUAUCCAAACUUGAUCAAUCUAUCUACUCAGGAAAAAACAAUAUCUGCAAAUUAAAGAUGAUUGAAGUGGUGUUGAAUGAUCGAUUGGGGAAGAAGGUGAGGGUGAAAUGCAAUGAGGACGACACGAUUGGAGACCUAAAGAAGUUGGUGGCAGCACAAACAGGAACUCGUGCCGAUAAAAUCCGCAUUCAAAAAUGGUAUACUAUCUAUAAGGAUCAUAUCGCCCUUAAGGACUACGAAAUUCACGAUGGAAUGGGUCUCGAGCUCUACUACAAUUGAUAAUUUAUAUCUCGAUUUAUUAGUUUGUACACAUUCUGGAGUCUCUGAGUUUCUCUGUUUUUCGCGUUUGGCCUUUUGUUUGCAUGUGUUACUUUCACGUUUACAAGGUUGCUUGUUCCCAGUUUGUUCCUUUAUGACAAGUGACCAUAUAUAUAUAACAUAAACUUGGUGAUGGAAAAUAAUUAGACUUGUUGAAUUGUAAUGUUUA